UGAUGAGCAGACAAGGAAAUUCAUAAGAUUAUGAUUGGUUGGUUAAGGUUAUUGUGAUUGGUGAUUCAGGAGUUGGUAAGACAAAUAUCUUGUCUUAAUUUUGUGAUGCGAAGUUUUCGAUUACUCAUAUGGCCACUUUGGGAGUAGACUUUAAGAUCAAGACUAUUGAUGUAGAUGGGAAGAAGCUGAAAUUGUAAAUUUGGGAUACUGCAGGAUAGGAACGAUUCAGAAAUAUAACAAAAACAUAUUAUAAGGGAGCAUAAGGAGUAGAAAUAAUUAUUAAAUUGUAGGUGAUCUUAACAUAUAGUGUAAUAGAUAGAUAAUCGUUUUAGAAUGUGGAUGGGUGGUUAAGGGUAAGAGAAAUUAAAUUAUAAUAAGUCAAUACAAGAGAAUACAAAUUCAAGUGAUGUACAAUUGGUCUUGGUAGGUAACAAGGCUGACAUGUCUGCAGAAAGAUAGGUCACACUAGAAGAAGGCAAUAAGUUAUCAUAGCAAUACAAUAUUCCAUUCUUUGAGACUUCAGCUAAGAGUGGCAUGAAUAUCAAUGAAGCAUUCCAAAAUUUAGCUUAGAGAAUCAUUUAAACUCUUUCUAAGAUGUAAGCUAAUGAUGAGAUAAAUAAUCUCAAUUUAAAGCCCCUUUAACCAAAAGAAAAAUCUAAAACUGAGGUAUUAUAUAAAGAUUUGAUUAUUAGAGCUGUUGCUGAUA